AUGUUUUUUGCUGGUAAGACCUAUAUUUGUUACCUAAACUGAGGUAUUUUGUGUUUUAGCUACUGCCGAUCGAAAAAUUGAUGUCCAUGCUCAUGUUUUGCCUAAUGAGAUUCCGGAUUUUCAAAAAGUAAGUGUUUAAAGAUUGAAAAUGAUGGUAAAAUGCGGAUUGUUGAUAGGCGAGGAUGAAGCAAGAUAGGUUGGGGUAAAAUAUCUAAAAUAUCAGAAAAACUUUAAGAAAGCUAACAAGUAAAGUAAAUUUAAGAAAAAUAGUUUAUUUUCGUCAAUUUUACUUAUCUUUUUAAUAUCUUAUUCUAGCAAUUUGGCUACCCUGGCUUUCUGACGCUUCAGAAGACGGGGGAUUCUGAUGGCAAGGCGAAUAUGAUCAAAGAUGGUAAAUUGUUUCGUGUAGUGACCAAAAAUUGCUAUGAUGUUGAUGAACGUGUUCGAGAGAUGGACAAAUGCCAUGUGAACGUGCAAGCCAUUUCUACCGUUCCUGUCAUGUUCAACUACUGGGUAUGGACAUUUUUAAACUUAUUUAGAUUGUGAAACUUGGUGCUUUAGGGAAUUUUUACUUUUAAAAAAUUCAAAAAAAUUUAGUUUUAUUAUUGCUGCGAGUUAUAACAACCUUUAUCACUUCGGACGUUUUGUAAAAUACGAAUCCACCAAUUAGUGAUUCUUUUAUUAAAAUUAGUCACGAAAUACUGUAUUUCCUUAAAAUUAAAAAAAAGUUUAGGCGAAACCAGAAGACAAUGAGAUUGUAGCUCGAUUCCUGAAUGAUGACAUCACUGCCCAGUGUCAAAAAUAUCCUGAUCGACUUGUUCCCAUGGCCACGUUACCUUUACAAAACAUGGAAUUGGCCAUUAAGGUGGGUUAUGCUUUGCUAAAACAAUAUUUUUAA